AUGGAGGAAUACUACUACAACAGAUCGAGGUCUUACACUUGCUCCAACUACAACGACCGACCCAGCAGGCUACCUGCCGCUUCCGCGACCAACUCUGCCUCUAGCUACGAGCUGAGAUCCUACAGCACUUCUUCCUACCAGGUUGCUCGUUACUAUGAUGAUCAUCAUCCACGAGAACAAAAUGGCCACAGUAAGUCCCAGCAGCAGAAAGAGAAGAAGAAGAAGAAGAAGGAUGCUGAUGGGUCUGCAAUGAGGUCGUGGAGCGUGAAGGACCCGGAGUUGCAGAGGAAGAAGAGGGUGGCUAGCUACAAAAUGUACAGCGCACAGGGCAGAGUCAAGGGCACAUUCAGGAACAGCUUCCGCUGGCUCAAGGAUAGCUAUACCAGGGUCGUGUAUGGAUGGUGGUGA